CCGUCUACCAUAUCUAUACACCUUACCUAGACAUCUCCAACCGCUUGCAUCAUCCUCUGUGUCGAGCGGUCAGGCCUUUCGCGCAUUUUGGCCAGCUAUCUGAGGACGCGUUGGUGCUUCGAGGGGGCACAAUGUGUGAGGACUGGCCACUCCUCUCUAACUUGGCUUCCUGCGAUCUGUGAGACACGAAUUCCAGAGCCAGCCUUAUGGUUUAUUACUGCCGACACCUCGUCCAUAUCCUCGACAGGCCUCUGUUUCCCCUGGGGUACAUCGGGGAGCCGGGAAGCGGCAACCAGGGUCGGUGAGCGGGCUGGUGAUCUCCACUCCGGUGUGGAUGCCUGCCUCAAUUAUUCGUCACCUUCCGCGCCAGGACAGUGCUGGCUGGGUCCGUCCAUCCCCGCUUCCAUCUCAAGUCCACGAGCGGACAAGCAAGUGUUGGCCCAGCUGCCCAUCGUUGGCGGCCGCACUCUGUGUAGGGCCCGCCGUGUCGACUUGGCUUUCCGGACAUCCUCGAACUCUAUCCAUCUGCCUCCUCUAGGCCCUCCCGCAACUCCCGCACGCGACAUUGAGCUCCAUCGUCCGCCACACUCCUCGCGACCAUGACAAGCCUGGCUAGGCGGAGCCGGCCCAUUUGACAUCCGCGAUGCCGCCGCGACGCUCCCACAAAAAGAGCCGAGACGGCUGCAGGCGGUGCAAGAGCCGCAAGAUCAAGUGCGACGAGGUUCAUCCCCGAUGCGGAAACUGCAUGAAGCACGGCGUAGACUGCGACUUUGAGCACCCCGGUGCCCUCCGCGCCAGCAGCGACGGCGCGCCUGCCGCCUCGCAGCGAAUCGGUGUGCCCGGAGCCGCCGCCACAGGGUCCUCGACGAGCACAACCCCGCUCUAUCGCGCUCCGGCCGCUGCCGGUGUGCUGUCACACACGACCCCUGCCACGAGCAGGCUCUUGGAGUUGCGCCUGAUGCACCACUUCAUCUCCGUGACCAGCGGGACCCUCAACAUCGCCGCCCCCGUCGCCGAGGAGGUUUGGCGCGACGCCGUUCCCCAGAUCGCCUUCGCCGCAGGCUCACAGCACCUCGCCGACGGCAUCCUGGCCGUUGCCGCAUUACACCUCAGGAGUCUGAACCCCCGCGAUCAGGAGGUCGUCCGCGCCUCCCAUGCCUACAUGGCUUCGUCCCUCCGCGAGUACAGCGACGUCCUGACUCGUGGCAUCAACGCCUCCAACGCCGAGUCCCUUUUCCUGACCUCGACCCUGAUCGCCAUCCAGUCCACUGCUACUCGCGUCUUCACCAAAGACGAGUCCAUAGUCGUACCCCACCCGGCCGACGGCAGCAUUGCCAGGAACCGCGCGGCCCUCGGCGUCUACGGCCUCCCUCUCUCUUGGUUCCACUCGUUUCAGGGAGUCAAGGCCGUGACGGCCGCUUCCUGGCAGUGGCUACGUCAUAGCAGCGCCGUCAUACCCAUCAUCAACUCGCAGCCUGUCCUCCAGUUGGACUUCAACAGUACCGAGCCAACCUUUUUCGGCCAUCUGCUUGACGGACUGGACCAGGAGCUGGCCGCGCUUCCACUGGACAAUCACUCCCCAGAUUCGCCAUCCUCGUCGUCGAGCCGAGCUCCAGAUUCCGAUGAUGCCGCCGCUACUUUUGUUGCUUCUGCCGCCGCCACCGCCACAGGUCCAUCGUCCUCAUCCGGGAUUGGCUUCGGGUCCCAGACGCAAGGGCUGCCCGGCGGCGGCGGCGGUAGCAGUAGCAGCAACAGUACUCGGCAAACCACGCGGCAGGCCUAUGAGCACGCCGUAGCCGUUCUCAACUGGGCACACAAGAUCCCGCACAAGGGCUCGCCGCUCGCCUUCCCCGCCACAGUGUCGCGGCGCUUCGUGGAGCUGGUCGAGGACCGGCGGCCCCGUGCGCUGGCCAUACUGGCGAGCUUUUUUGCACUCCUCAAGUGUCUCGACCAGGUCUGGUGGCUGAGGGGAAUGGCACGGCGUGAGGUUCUCGGCAUCGUCUCCCUAUUCAAUUCGGACUACUUCGGCCCUGAUGUCGAGCGUCAGUGGUGGCCGCACCUGGAGUGGUCCGUCCGAGUGGCCCUACACGACGACCGAGACAAUCCUGGCUACGUGCCAGCGGACUUGUGGGGUGCUAGCUGGGUUGGCGACGAGACUGCCGUCCCACAGGAGAACGCCCCCAACUUUGUAUCACAUAUCGAGAUGCUGAGCGAGAUGAUGACAGGCAUACAAAGCUUUCCUGGUCCCAUUCCAAGCCAGGGCAGCCGAUGACGACCGGGGUUCGGCUGAUGAGAAUAAAGGUCAGACAAGCCUGCGAGAUGUUGCCAGCUGCCGCGAAGCCUUGCAGACAAACGGGACCUUGGGUUCAGCUAAGCUUGAUCAUAAUUAUGAUCAAGAUGCUGCCCAGGCUGUUCUACGUCAUGACAGCCCUUUGACUACUAUGGGCUGAGCAUAGAUGAUGAGGUGAUGAGGUACCUCUAUCGGUCCAUCAUAUUACGCAACGGGUGCUGGCUCGCCCGCUGGCUGGUGCUGCCUGUCACUGCCAGUAUGCGUUGGAGUUAGGAGGUUGGGGAGACCAGGCCCUACCUAGAGACGAGUAGACGAGUGCGACUCCUCGGUCUGGAGAACGUAAACUUGCCUAUGUGAAUGCAUUUCAUCCCCGGCCGAGCGCCCCUGAAGCCCAUAGAUCCUCUGGAAGGAACCAUAGCGGCAGUUUAGCGAUGGCUUUGCGAGAACCGGGGCUUGCGAUAACAGGAGGCCCAGGGCAGGCCCUACUACAUUGUGGCGUCGGAGAUUUUCAAAAUAUGCAUUUUUUUGGGUUUGAAAUUAUCACCGACACGCUUGCCAGGAACUAGCAAGGACCGUGUUUCCUACGCCCGUGUUCUAUGAUGGAGCUCGUGGCGUCCAACAUCAGGGCCGCAACUACUCUGCGGUCACAUAUGCAUACGUAGGUAGGUAGAAGAUGGAGGGAUAUGUCCACAGAAGGUAAAGGGGGCAGUUGAUUAAGAAAUAGCGCUCUCAAGCCUUUCGCAACUUCUUUUUGGAUCGCGCCGCAUCCUCAGAUGAUGGUUGCUUCUCCCCGUCGGCCUCUCCCCGAUCUCUCUUGAGCGCCUUCAUCUUCCUUGUUUGGAGGUCGCCCAAAUCCUG